AUGAAAGGGGACCUCUCGAGGGCCCAGCACAUGCCUGUGACCAUUAGUGGCCACUGCGUGGGCCUGCCCUGCAGUCUGGUGGCAUCCUUCAAGGUGGCCACGCCAUAUUCCCUGUUCGUGUGCCCAGAGGGGCAGAACGUCACCCUCACUUGCAAGCUCUUGGGGCCUGUGUCUAAGGGACACGAAAUGACCUUCUACAAGACAUGGUACCGCAGCUCACGGGGCGAGGUGCAGGUCUGCACAGAGCACCAGCCCAUCCGCAACCUCACCUCCCAGCAGCUGCACCUGCGUCACCUGGGCCACCACACCAACACCAGCCAGGACCUGGCCCUACAUAACGGGGUGGAGUUGUCCUCGGACCACCAUGGCAACUUCUCCAUCACCAUGUACAAGCUGACACCCCGGGACAGCGGCCUCUACUGCUGCCUGGUGGUCGGGCUCUGGCACCACCACUCGGAGCAGAAGGUCCACGCGGCCAUGGAGCUGCAGGUGCAGAGAGGGAAAGAAGUGUCAUCCAAAUGCAUCGCGUACCCACCUUCCCCUCAGGAGAGUGAAAGCAUCACAGCUGCGGCCCUGGCCACGGGCGCCUGCAUCGUGGGCAUCCUCUGCCUCCCUCUCAUCCUGCUCCUGGUCUACAAGCAGAGGCAGGUGGCCUCCAACCGCCGUGCCCAGGAGCUAGUGCGGAUGGAAAGCAACACUCAAGGCAUUGAAAACCCUGGCUUUGAGAGCCCCCUGCCUGCUCAGGGGGUGUUGGUGCCCAAGCCCCGGCCUCCCUUGUCCUACAUGGCACAGCGGCAGCCCUCUGAGUCAGGGCGACACCUGCUCUCUGAGCCCAGCACGCCUCUGUCUCCUCCAGGGCCCGGGGACGUCUUCUUCCCAUCUCUGGAUCCUGUUCCUGACUCCCCAAACUCUGAGGCCAUCUAG